AUGAACUUACGCCAACAAGUCAUAUUCUCAUCACAAACAGUAAAUAGCACUGUAAAGUAUGAACCAUCACUGGCUCAUUCAUGUUGUCGAGACUGGGUUGCAACAAGAAUCCAUCCGAGCCAAAUUACGCCCCCUCGAUCCUUGAGAAGCCAAUUGUCAAUGACUGAGGAACUGAUGGACAGAGUCAAUCUAGCUGUUUCGGCUGAGACAGAACGACAAAAUAAAAUGGGAGUGUUAGGUAAAAAGAGCCUACAUGUCAACCAGAUUGAUAAUAGCCCAGACUCUGGCCAGGAAUCCCAGAAUCCAAAUAUGAGAGAGAAAAUCGGUAAUGAAGAAAAGGAGUGCAAAUCUAAUAAGUUGGUUGCAGCCAUGGAAGCGGUACAGUCUGACCUAGCAUCAUUAAAGGAAGCAUUUAACAAGUCGCAGAUAUCCGGUAAAGAUGCAUCCAAACAAAAUCAAGAUCAGCGGAGCCAGUACAAGAGAAAGAGUUCUUUGUGUAAGAAAUGUCAGGAGUCAGGUGAGGAGAAAUGCAUUCAUUGUUACAAGUGUGGUUCGACACAACAUUUCGCUAGGAGGUGUAAAAAGACCCAGGGAAACGAAUGGAGGCUAUGCCCAGGGACAGGGAGUAGCCGAACAAACUCAUUUGUCCCAUGCCUGUGCAUUAUGUAAAAGAAAAAAGACUGAUAUACUGUUUAAAAUAAGUAGUAAAGAAAUGUCAAGAAAAACACUGGGGUGAACAUAAAUCCUUGUUGCGAACCCUAUUACCGGAAGAUAGAAAGAGUGAAUGGAAGGACUCAGAAAAAAAAGUGGUACGUGCAUAUAAUUGCACUGUUAACGACGCCACCGUGUAUUUACCGUUCUUACUGUUUGGGCGACCACCUAGACUACCCGUGGACCUUAUGUUUGGAACAUCGCCCACUGCAUCGAAAGGAAACCACACUGAGUAUGUGAAAAGAUGGAAGGGUGCCAUAAAAGAUGUCUACGCGAAAGCCAUAAGCAACGCCAGUAAAGCUGCAUCUGCAGGAAAGUCGAACUACAACCGUAAAGUCCGUUUCACAGUAUUGGAUACAGGUGAUUGUGUACCGGUCCGCAACCUUACUGAGCGUGGGGGUCCCGGAAAGCUGAGAUCCUACUGGGAGAACCAAAUAUACCAAGUACUGGAACAAAAAGGCGAGCUACCUAUAUUUGUUGUCAAACCAGAAGGUGGUGCCAAUGGACAGUCCGGAGUACAUCACAGAAACCUUCUACUCUCUUGUGACUUUUUACCACCAUAUGCCCCUGGAAACGUCCACCCAGUAGCACGACAGCAACAGCUAGAGAAAAAUAAAUUACGAACGACAGAACAACACCCGUGUAUCUGA